GAUGAACUUUCUGUUUACAUGCUUCUUCCUUCAUAAGUGUCUUCAGAGAUACAUUCUUACUGGAUACAAUUCAGACUGUUUUACACAAAGGUUUGAAGUAAUCCAGAGGCAUUCAUUAUUCGUGCUGUAAGAUCAAAAGUCAAGAUAAAAACUAAACUACGGAGGAGCUUUUGUUGUGAUAUCGCUCUCUACACGUUCGGCAGUGUUGGCAAUGGGGACAGCUCUGAUUUAUGAUGAGGAGAUGACCAAAUACAAACUGCUCUGGGUUGACCCAGCGUGUCAUAUCGAGGUUCCCGAGCGGCUCUCGGUCAGUUAUGAGGCCCUGGUCAGGACGGGUCUGUCCGACCGCUGUGUCUCUGUGCCGCCUCGUGAGGCCUCAGACGCAGAGAUCCUGCUCGUCCACAGUGAGGAAUAUCUGGAGGGUGUGAAAAAGACUCCGCACAUGACUUUGGAGGACUUGAAGGAGUUCACCCUUCAGUAUGGGGACGUCUACUUCCACCCAAAUAUCUACCACUGCGCCAAGCUGGCUGCAGGGUCUGCUCUGCAACUGGUGGACAGUGUCAUGACAGGGAAGGUCAGGAACGGCAUGGCUCUGGUUAGACCGCCGGGACACCACAGCAUGCGCAGUGCUGCCAGCGGUUUCUGUGUGUUCAACAACGUGGCCAUAGCAGCGCGAUAUGCUAAGCAAAAACAUGGAGCCAAAAGGGUGCUAAUAGUAGACUGGGACAUACAUCACGGUCAAGGGGUGCAGUACUGCUUUGAGGAUGAUCCGAGUGUUCUGUACUUUUCUUGGCACCGCUAUGAGCAUCAGAAAUUCUGGCCCAAUCUUAGAGAGUCAGACUACGAUAGCGUCGGCAAAGAAGGCGGAGCUGGCUUCAACAUAAACGUGCCUUGGAAUAAGGUGGGAAUGGAAAACAGCGACUAUCUGUCAGUCUUCUGCCAUGUCCUCCUGCCAGUAGCUUAUGAGUUUUGCCCAGACGUGGUUUUGGUGUGCGCAGGCUUCGACUCGGCUAUCGGCGACCCAGAGGGAGAGAUGUGUGCCACUCCGGAUAUCUUCGCCCACUUAACUCACCUCCUAAUGAACCUAGCUGGAGGAAAACUGUGUGCUGUACUGGAGGGAGGAUACAACUUGACUUCUCUCGCACAGUCCGUGUGUCAGACUGUUCAGACUUUGCUCGGCGAUCCGCUGCCUCGUCUCGCAAACCUCAGGAGUCCCUGUGAAAGUGCACUCGAGUCUCUUCAGUGUGUCCGGUCGGUCCAGAGGCGGUACUGGCCCAUCCUCAAGCAUGCAGCCGAGCCGCCUACGACGGACGUCAGCACCAAACGCACUAAACUGGCAAAAGCAGAGGAAGAAAAGGCAGAAACAACAGAGGAAGAGAGAAGCCAGAAGGAAAAAGUUUGGCCUGAGCCUGCAGAGCGCUUGCGUCCUCCCGUUGGUUCAGCCUCUGCGCUUCCUGACGACGCGGCUUGUCCAGACGGGUUAAAAUGCCUCACCUCCUCCAAAGAUCUCGGACCGCUUUUAGUCAGCAGAAUAAAGAACCGUUCCACAGAAGUUGCGGGUGAUGCGGACGGCGUCGCCACCUUCUCGAGACUUUACACCCUGAUUGAGAAAAUGAGAACAAACGAGAUCGGCAACGGCGUGGCGCUGGUCCCCGAUGUCGCCGCAGCCGUGAAGUGUGUUGUCCAGGAUCUCGGCUCUGACCUCGUCAACCGGGUUUUAGUGGUUUGUGUCGGCAAAGAGGAGCUGAAUUAUGCCACGGCAGAUGGGAAAAUGCUUGUUGUACAAAUCAGCGGUGAAGACAAAGGGGAACAGAAGGGCAAAUAUUAUAUUCCAAUGUAUUUAAAGAAGGGUUGCGGUGACACGGUAGGAUUCAUACAGGCGGUCCUUGGCCUCCUCCUACCUCUGGGAUACGAGUACGACCCGGAUCUUGUUCUUUUGAUUGGCAUGCCAGGAAGCGGAGUGGGCGACUGUAUGUGGCAGCAACUAAUCGGCCUGCUGAAGGGCUUCGCAAAGGGACACACUCUGGUUCUGAUGCAGACGAAUGAUGGGGCAUGUAUGGGCCCGACUGCCUCCGUCCUCCUUGGGCACCCUGCGCCUCCUCUGCAGGAGCUUCUGACUCCACUCCCAGACAACGGAGAUGCUUUGGAGAGAAUGAGAGAGAGGCUGCAGGCUGACUGGAAAAUGCUGCAAACGACAGUAUCUUCAGGCAAUGGAGAGACAGCUGAAAGCUGAAGCUGUCCUGCUGCUGUUUAUCUUUGUGGAGCUGAUGGAAGAUUUGACAUAUUUGACGUUCGGCAGCUAGUAAAACCCCACACUCUGUUCAUUUUU